AUGCUAUGCGAACCAAAGGCGUUAAAGGAACCGCUCUUCCAUCGACCAGGGAAAUUUCGAAUAAGCUUCAUCAAGAGUGAGCACCCUCAGCGUUUUGACUCUCCAAAUGCAUUUCCUAUGGCAGUUUCAAUUUGGGUACUGUUGCUCACGAUAUCAUUUUCAUGCCCUCGUCUGUCGGUCAGUCCACUCGGCAAAGCUCUGGACUGCUCGUCGUGUAAUUCACCAUCAUUGAGCGAGAAUUGCGCUCCGAUCCCAGUGCCCGCUGAUGAUCCCUAUUUCAAGCCUAUUGCUGGUGAAAGGAGGGAUCGCCGUCAGGCCGGGUCAAUGGAGAGUCGCCGCGGCGACAGGAACUCGAAAGAGGGCGGUCGUGGCGGAAAAAAGAAUUCAAGGGAGGAGAAGCCGAAAAGUAAAGCUUCCAGAUGCCUUCGACUCACACGUGCUCUGAAUGCUCAAAAAGGCCUUGGAGUGAGGACACAAAUCAAUCAGAACACACACUUCCUUGACCUGUCAGCAGUAUACGGUUCUGAAGAAUGUGAAGGAGCAUCAGUGCGAUCCUUCGUCAAUGGAGAACUAAGGACAUAUGUACAUAGUGGAGACGUUCUGCCGCCACAGAAUAAGAAUGACUCGAACUGCCUGUCAAAAGCACCGUACUACUGUUUUACCACUGGUGACUUCCGAAAUUCCCUACAUCCCGGACUUGUCCCAUUACACACGGUCUACAUCAAAGAACACAAUCGAAUCGCUGCUCUGUUCAAGCGAAGCAACCCAUCGUGGAAUGAUGAGCAGACUUUCCAGGAAGCUCGUCGCGUGAACAUUGCUCAAUAUCAGCAUCAAGUCUACUCUGAGUAUCUCCCAUUAGUUGUCGGCAAUAAACUCUGGAAUGACUUCGGCUUGAAGCCAUUGCAAUCUGGAUUCAGUACUGGUUACUCCACCUCGGUGAACGCAGCUCUUUCGGCAGAAUUCGCCGCUGCUGCAUUCCGAUUUGGUCAUGGCACGGCAAGGAAAGAUUUCCCAAGAGUCACCAACAGUAACAAAACAGCUGGCGCAACAGUCGACAUGGGCAGUAAUAUCUUCUAUGUGGACUCGCACUAUGCGGCAAAUCAGGGAGGACAGGCAUCAUUCAUUGAAGGUAUGAUGCAUCAUCCAGCAAUGAAAUCCGACAAGGAGUUUUCGUUCCCUAUCAGAAAUCAGCUGUUCGAAAUCCGUGGCCAGCCCGGAUCUGGAGUGGAUUUGGUGGCAGUUAAUAUCAUGCGAGGACGUGACGUCGGCCUGUUCCCAUAUAACGAUUACAGGUCCUUAGCUGGGCUGCGACGAGCGUCUACUUUUGAUGAUCUCAAGGCCGAAAUGGACUCCUCGAACGUGGAGGCACUGAAGCGGGUCUACGCAGAUGUGAAUGACAUCGAUCUCUACACGGGUAUCAUUCUAGAGAGGCCCUUAGCGGGAGCAGCGAUUGGACCAACUGGAGGUUACAUGAUUGCCGAACAGUUCUCGGCCUUGAAGAAGGGCGAUCGAUUUUUCUACGAGCAUCAGGUGGCAUCGACAAGAGGAUUAAGGAUUGAAGAACUGGAAGCUGUUCGACGGUCGCACUUGGCGAAGGUCAUAUGCAUGAACACAGCCGGCAUGGAAACUGUGGGAAAGGAUGUGUUUUCUUUAUCGUCCGAACGGGUCCCAUGCAGUUCUCUCCCCGAAAUCGACAUUCGACACUUCACACCUCCACCUGUACCUAAAUAG